GGAACAGUAAAACCGUUCAAACAGUACGACGCUGGUGAUCCGGUGGCUGCUUGGUAUCUCAAGAACCGAGGAACGGACGUGGUUGGUCAGUCUUGGGACCCGGAGUAUGACUGUGAAUAUCUGCGGGCUGCUAUGAAAGGAAUGGGAACUAAUGACGAUGCAAUCGUUCAUGUGGUCUCCACCAGAUGCAAUCAACAGAGACAGGAGCUGAAGGACACCUUUAAGUUGCUGUAUGGUCGAGAUCUGAUCUCUGAUAUCAAGUCUGAGCUCAGUGGCGAUUACAAGGAACUGGUCAUGGCGUUGUUCGUAGCUCCUGCAGAAUAUGAUGCUUGGUGCAUCAAAGAAGCCAUCUACGGUCUUGGUACAGACGAACAGGCACUGGUGGAGAUACUUAUGACACGGACAAAUGACCAGAUCAAAGAGAUCAGAGCUGCCUAUCCUCGCGCCAAGGAUUCCCAGUUUGAGAAGGACAUCAGGGACGACACCAGUGGUGACUUCAAGCGUUUGCUUAUCUCAGCAGCAAUGGUAUUAUCCUGCUUUCUGUUUCUACUGCAACUUUACAAAGCCGGAGAGGCCAGAUGGGGGACAGACGAGGAGACGUUCAACAGGAUCUUCUCCUCCAGGGACUACUAUCAGCUGAGAGCCAUCUGGGAUGAGUAUGUUAAGGUAAACCUAGGAUGGUACUUCCAAGCAUCUGUACAUAACUGUUUAAUGAAUAUCAGAAGCCGCCCCAUGUUCUUUGCCGAAAAACUUCGAGAUGCCAUGAAAGGUUUAGGGACCGAUGAGAGGACACUCAUCCGCAUCAUUGUCUCCAGAUCUGAGAUUGACAUGGUCCAGAUCAAAGAGUGUUUCCUGAAGCUGACCAAUAAAACAUUGUGGAGAUGGAUUAAAGAAGACACCAGUUUCAACUUUAAGUCUCUUCUUCAAGAAAUCGUUGGCAAGAACUGA